AUGGAUUGUGAUACAAUAGAUUUAGAAAGCUUAACAUCGAAUCUCAACACUAUAAUAGCGGCCAGUGAGAACGUUGCUUCCCUACAGUUGCUAUCCAAGCAUUUAAGAUCUCAUAUGUCCAAACUUGACGAAUAUAUCGAGUUCCUUAGUAAAUGUAAGCAAUUAGAAACCGACCUGGAGAUCGAACGUAAAAGCCAUGCUGAAGAACUACGACAAAUCAACCAGGAUAUCAAUCUAGGUGAAGAUCAUUUGAAAUCUUUGAGAUCUGAGCAGGAAAGUCGUAAGCAGAAACUGUUGAGGAGCUUAGACGAUUUGAAUAAGCUGCGUGAACUUGCCAACUCAUCGUUCACCCACUGUUCUAUUGAAGAUCACGAUGGAGAAAUACCGACAUUAGGCCCAUUCGAAAGCGAACUUCUAGAUGGGUUAGCUACCAUUCUUUCAUGUUUUUUUAUGGAUAUCACAAACAGAAUUUUACCACAAAAUGAUCUAGUGAGUGCUGCCGAUCUCAUAAGCAUGAGUCUCCUACCGUUUUAUCAAAACAAUUUUCAUAUGUUAUCAAAUGGCAGGCCCAGUUUACAUGAACCCAGUAAGAUGAAGACUUGUGAAUCUUGUCAAGCUCAAAUCCAUCGAAAUGCUCCAACCUGUCCAUAUUGCAAGACAAAGAGUCGAAGUAAAAAUCCAAAACGAAGAAAAGUUUGA